AUGAGGGCACUCUCUGCCAAUCCCGAGGCCGUAAACCCAAUUGUGCCCGCCUCCAGUGACGACAAAUAAGAGGAAACUGUACAAUACCAUAAAAGGAAAAUACUCCCGCAUGCGCAGUGGCCUGAGUUUUGUUUGAAGUGAACUGCUGCCUGGGACUGCCCUACAAGCUGCAAAGUCGCCAAGCAUUUGCUUUUAACAGUAUAUAUUUUCACAUUUCCGCCAUAUUCUUGUCGCGCCUCUAUGCAUCGUAAAGACGAUGUUAGGCCACCACUACCCAAAUGCCGACAAGUCGCAACAACUGGUCAACUAUGUGGAGGAUUAUCUGGAAUGUGUGGAGUCUCUGCCUUUGGACAUACAAAGAAAUGUUUCUCUGCUUCGAGAAAUUGAUGCAAAGUAUCAAGAGGUGCUGAAGGAGGUUGAUGACGUGUUUGAGAAGUACAAAGGUGAGCAGGACGCAGCUCAGAGGAAGCGCCUGCAGAUCCAGCUGCAGAGAGCACUCAUCGUCAGCCAGGAGCUGGGCGACGAGAAGAUCCACGUGGUGACCCAGAUGACGGAGCUGGUGGAGAACCGCUCCCGCCAGAUGGACUCGCACUCCCUCUGCCUCCAGGAGCCCAGCGAGGCAGAGCGGCCCACGAUGGAGCGCCGCACCAGCAUCCAGGACUCCCCGGCACCCGAGCGCACGUCGGCCCGUCGGCCGCGACGCCAGCGCAACAGCGAGAGCCGUGACUCCAGCCACCCGUCAGCCAACGGCUCCCUGGUGGACGACCCGGUGGAGGAGCUGUCCAUCCCUCCGCCCCGGGAGAAGAAGUCCAAGUCUGCGAAGAAGAAAAAGCGCAAGGCCAAACAGGAGCGGGACGCCUCGCCGGUCGACUUCGCCAUCGACCCCAACGAGCCCACCUACUGCCUCUGCGAGCAGGUGUCGUACGGCGAGAUGAUCGGCUGCGACAACGACCAGUGCCCCAUCGAGUGGUUCCACUUCUCCUGCGUGGGGCUGACCUACAAGCCCAAGGGCAAGUGGUACUGCCCCAAAUGCAGAGGGGACCACGAAAAGACCAUGGACAAAAGCCUUGACAAAAACAGAAAAGACCGCAGGUCCAGGUAGUGACCCGUCUUCAGCCGCCCCUCACUCGUCUGGAAGAUGUCUUCAGCCUGAGGGCUGAGACCAUCAGCCGUAGUUGAUAACAGUACUCGUGAUGUUGUAAGAGCACAAUCGAACACCAUUAGUAGCAGCGCUUCUCAUUAAUCAAGGACAAGUUGUGAUUGAACUUGUGCUGUUACAUCACUGAUUGUUCCCUCUGGCUAUAACUGUGCUGUAGUCUUUAGGCAGUCCAGCUGCUGCAGGAACCAUCAGCCUGAAGCUGCCAUCUUCCUCAAGUGUUUCGCUUUAUUUUGUAUUUUGAUUUACUUCAAGAAAAAAAAGAAAGCAUCUUUUGGUUUUCUGUUCCCUUUUCAUUCUGGACAAGGUCCUAUUUAAACACAAGGUGAUCCUGCUAAGGAAAAGAACGUUUCAUCAGUUAUGGCCAAUCAAAACUUCCCCCGACCCGACCCUCCCCCUUAUUUUAACUUUCUUAAUAGCACGUAAUUAAUUUGAAAUCAGUGUCUCUAUACAACAACGGCUCGUAGAGAAUAACCUCCAGAUGUAAUAUGUUUACAAGAGAUUGAUAUUUAAUAGAGGAGAUGAAUGUUGAUGGGACACUGGAAUAGGACGUCAUGUUUGUGGACUCAAUGUUUUCACUAUCACUAUUGUGUAAAUGUCUUUUUAUAUUCAUUAAAACAAAGUAUAGUCAUUGGGU